CUAAAACUUGCCUACUCAACUAUUGCUAGAAAACAACACUAAGCCCUUUGUUCCGUCACUUGAGAUCUUCCAAUUACAAUGGCUGGAGUUAACAAGUCAAUGUGCAUUGUCCUCAUCGCUGCCGUCUUGGUCUUGGUCGUGGCCGUUGCCCCUCGCACUGAGGCAGCAAUAAGCUGCAGCACGGUGGUUUCAUACUUGAAUCAAUGCCUGCCAUAUGUGUCCAACAAAGGCCCUCUAGGCAGUUGUUGCAGUGGAGUUAAGGGUCUCUAUGGCGCAGCACAGACUACAGAAGAUCGUCAAAGUGUGUGCAACUGCUUGGAAUCGCUUGCUGGCUCAUACACUGAUGUCGACAUGAACAAGGUCGCUGGACUCCCUGGACAAUGUGACGUCGACAUUCCCUACAAGAUUAGCCCUUCCACUAACUGCACAAAGGUCAACUGAGGAGUUAUGUUCGGAAAAAUAGUGGUCUACAUAUAUAAUUAAGUUGGUAGCUAUGUAAAAUAAAGGGUAGUCUUGUGUUUUCUUCCCAUAAGCAACUGAUGAAUAAUACCCACCUUUUGUAUGCUCGUACAUUAA